AUGCCUAUCGGAGAUCUCCUCGCCCAGAUCAGUGGCGACAAGUCACAGAGCACAUCGCCAGCUCCAUCCAGACCAUCCAUCCCCCCUCCGAAACGGAAAGCGGAUGACGACCUCCGCAAUACCGUCUCAAAUAAGAUACCGCGAACGAGCGCAAACGGCAUCGCCUCUUCUGCCCCUUCGAAGCUGGCAGAUACCCAGAGAUCCGCACGACCUACAGAAAAGACAGCGACGACUACUACAGGCUAUCGAGGCAGUGCCGGCCGACCCUCCGACCGAUCAGCAUCUGCGCCUAAGCUUGUCGGUAAUGGCAGCACAGCAGCGAAGCCUAGCUCUUCCGGGGCUAGACCGCUGAAUGGCUCUAGCACGUCGAAGGUCACCUCGACCCUGCCGAGUCGACCAUCGCCAUCCGCUCCAAGCGCGGCACCCAAGUCGGGAGCUCCUCCGAAGAAGGGGUCUUUCGCAGAGAUCAUGGCGCGGGCCCAACAAGCCCAGACCAAGAUGGGCCAAGUCGGCAAAAUCCAGCAUAAGCCUGUGGAAAAGGUCUUCACCAAGAAGGAGCGGGAGGAGAUGAAGAAGGAUGCCAAGAAGGACCCAAAGGCUGCUGCAAGGCAACCCUCUAAGUUCCAGGGGAACGCAAGACCAUCGGCAGCAGCCGCCCCGCCACGCAAUGGAACAGGUGCCAGCCGAAAUGGGCCGGUCGACAGAGCAAAGGAUCCCCGAGCUGUUUCGAAGGCACGCGCUGCGGUUGCCGAGGAGGAGAACCAGAAGAAGCUCAAAAAGGCCGCCAUCGCAACGACUGGGUACACGGGCACCGCCCGUCCAAAACCCGGAGCAGCGUCGGCCAAGAAGAAGCCGGCUCCCGGAGGCGCGCUACUCAACGCACGUCCCGCCCCACGCUAUGGAGGCUCCGCGAAACGGUCCCGCUACGACGAGGAGGAAGACGAGGAACUCGACGACUUUAUUGAAUACGACGAGGACGAGGAGGAAGCUGGCCCUCGCUACACGUACGACUCGGAUGGCUCUUCAGACAUGGAGGCUGGCAUGGACGAUGUGUGGGAGGAGGAAGCUAGGGCAGAACGUGUGGCGCGCCUCGAGGAUAUCGAACAGGAGAAGCUCGAGAAGAGGCUGAAGGCUGAGAAAGAGGAGCGCAAGCGCAGGUUUUUCGAGCAGCAGAGAGCGCGACGCUAA